CUUUAAUUUGUCAAUACAAACCGUCUGUCUGGAUGGUCAAGGUCGUCUAGCCCGGUAUGGAAUAUCUUAUCCGUUUCGUGCAAAUGCACGAGACGUUCCGCAAACCAGAGAUCGAGGCUUUAGCUGAGCUUGCUCAAAUCAAUGUAGAAUUUUUGAGCUACUUGACUGAUUCGCCAUUUUGCAUAGUACGACUUCCAUGUGAGGCCGAUGCUCGACGCUUAAUCUCGAGAUCGAUCCUCGCUGAUGCUAUAUAUGAGCUCUGGGGAACCGCGGACAAUUACGAAGAUCUUCACGCAGAUGUUCGUCGCCGAUCGCAUCAGCUGUGGGAUCUUUACAAGCAUGACUCGUUCAGGUUCAAGGUCCAUGGAUUCCAAGGGAAACGUUCGUCCAGUGAGCAUCGAGACAUAAUCGAGUCGUUCUCUUAUCUCGAUUUCCAAGGACCCAUACGAAUGAAGAAUGCAGAGCAUGAGUUUGACGUCUUCGAAGAGUACGAGCUCAUAAGCGAGAGGCCGAGAGAAUUCUCUAAGAAUCCCAAGAGACUGUUUCUUGGUCGAUUCCUUGGAACGGGGGGAAGAUCGGCGAUCGUGCGAUACGACUUGAAGAAAAGAAAAUAUAUCAACACUACUUCUAUGGAUUCAGAGUUGGCACUGAUAACUGCGAAUUUGGCUCAAGCCAGUGCCGGAAAGCUGUUCUACGAUCCGUUCGUUGGAACUGCCAGUUUCCCUAUUGCGUGCUCACAUUUUGGGGCUGUGUCCAUGGGUAGCGACAUCGAUGGUAGAGUGGUGAGGGGUAAGCCGAAUAAUAAUAUCUGCACAAGCUUCCAGCAAUAUGGCUUGCGAUCGCUAUGGUUAGAUGGCUUUGCGUCUGACUUAACGAACACGCCUCUGCGAACUGCACGUUGGCUGGACGGAAUCGUAUGUGAUCCACCAUAUGGGAUACGGGAAGGAGUCAAGGUGCUUGGUCGAAGAGAUGGACUACCUAGCGAGGAACUGAUUAUCGACGGAGUCCCGGCGCAUUACCGUCCUGGAUUUAUUGCUCCCAAGAAAGCAUACAGCUUUGAUGCAAUGAUCGAUGAUCUGCUUUACUUUGCUGCAGCAACAUUAGUAGACGGGGGGAGACUGUCCAUGUGGAUACCAACCGCGAAUGACGAAGACAUCGAGAUUGCAAUACCGCAGAAUCCGUAUUUCAGUCUUGUGUCUGUUUGCAUCCAAUCUUUUAACAAAUGGUCAAGGCGACUGAUCACCUACUCGAGGCUUCCAGACUCCCUCGUUGGAGAGGUUUUCCCUCGUACAAAAAAGGAAAUUCAUGGCAGCGCCGACGAGCUGAAUAAAUUCAGGAAGAAGUACUUUGAAGGUUUCAAGGCGCCUAACUCGACAAGCAACUUCAGCGAUACUUAACCAAUUCACAUUCAGCAAGAAUGCGACGCUUGUAAAACAUUUUCAUGUUGUUGUUGUUGUUGUUGUUGUGAAUUCCUCC